UUUACUGAUUGCGCUGGCGUACCUGUGUCACCUGCGUUUAGGUUCCGGUGGUGCGUCGGUUGUCGUUCGUGGACUUUGUUGUUGUGAAGUGAACGCUUCGUGAAAUUAUUACAGAUCUUACAAUAUUAUGAUAUAUAUACGGUGAGAGUGAUCAUGAGUGACGAUAGAUUUCACAAGGCGGCCAGGGAUGGCUACCUGGACUUAUUGCGAGAGGGAACGAAACACGAUCUCAACAAAAAGGAUGAAGAUGGAAUGACGCCUACGCUAUGGGCAGCUUUCCAUGGCAACCUGGAAGCUCUUAGGUUAAUCUGUGGCAGAGGGGGCGAUCCGGACAGGUUCUCGCUCAUCGGCAACACUGCGCUGCACUGCUCCGCGCACAACGGCCACCUCAACUGCGUCUCCUUCCUCCUCAACUUUGGCGUCAACAUCUGGGCGCUGGACAACGAGUUCCACACAGCAAUGGACCUCGCAGCGAUGCAGGAACACAUGGAGAUCGUGCGCUACCUUGACGAAUGCGUCGCCAAGGAGAGCAUGCUCAACAAGAAGACGGUCGCCAAGCUGAAAGAAAAGAGCAUCCUCGACGCGCAGAAGCGCGUGAAGAUCUACGAGAAGCUGCAGAAGCAGGCGAAUCACCGAGCGGAGAUCGAGCACCAGCAGCAGGAGGAGUGGCAGGCGCAGCAGACUUCUGGAGUGAAGGCGGACCGCAGCACGCUGAGCAAGAUCAACCAGUUCCGCCGUCGCAUCAGCCAUACCGGCACGGUAACAAGCAACACUUCCACCACCUCCUCGCAGGGCCUCUACUCGAAUUACGUCGGCACGGGCGCGCGCAAGGCUCAAGGUCCCGCCGCGCGCAAAGCGUACGAGCGCGUCAACGGAACGACGAACGGCGGAUUCAACUUCGGGCCGGCCGGCAAGCAAUCUGUGCGCUCCCUGCAGGAGGUUGCCGGCGGCAACGUCAUCAUGGGCCGCGCCAUCUCAGAACCGGAGAUCUAUCAGGCGACGGACUCGGGAUACGGCGGCGACUACCACAACGCGCCGCAACGACAGAGCAUCUUCGAGCGGCCCGGCUUCGGCAACGUCGCCUUCCGCCGCGGCUCGAUGGCGGACGCCUUCUGCUCGCUGCCAGGAGAGGGCGCUGAUGACGACGGCGACGGCGCGCCGGACUCGACGACGGUCGGCACGGAGAACAGCAUCGGCAGCGCGGGCAGCCUCGCGCAGCGCACGCGUAUCCAUGGCGACCCAGCGUUGCCGUGGAGCGACGACGUCCUCAUCGAGGAAGACGAGUACGACCCGAACUGCCCCCUGGAGGCGUUUCUUGCGGCGCACGGUUUACAAGAGUGCAUCCUGCCUCUGAGCCGCGAGCGGAUAGACCUCGACGCACUUAUGCUCGUGUCGGACAGCGAUCUGAAGGAGAUCGGGCUGCAGCUGGGGCCGCGCAAGAAGCUGAUGGAUGCCAUCGUGAGGCGACGCAUGACCAUGGAUGACCCGGGACCGAUGGAGGACACUACGUUGUGAUGCAGAGAAGAGAAGACACCAUUUUGUGAUGCUGCGUGGGACACCAUGUUGUGAUGCUGCAGGUGACACCAUGGUGUAAUGCAGGGACAUGGAUGACACCAUGGUGUGAUGCUGCAGGGGACACCAUGUUGUAAGGCUGCAGGUGACACCAUGGUGUGAUGCAGGGACAUGGAUGACACCAUGUUGUGAUGCUGCAGGUGACACCAUGUUGUGAUGCUGCAGGUGACACCAUGGUAUGGUGCAGGGACAUGGAUGACACCAUGUUAUGAUGCUUUAGGGGACACCAUGUUGUGAUGCAGGGACAGGAAGGACACCAUGUUGUAAGGCUGGAGACACCAGGUUGUGAUAUGAAGAUAAGCUGCAGUAGGAGGCCAAGAUGACGACAUCAUUGCCAUAGCAACCGGUCAUGGCAACUGAUCAUUUUAUGGUUGCGUCUUUUGUGGGUGUCAACCCCAUGUGGUGGGACGUGUUGCUCUCGUGAGAUACAGUCACAGAAUCCAGUGCCUGCCUCAUUGAUGAGUGUCACAUGAUGGGUAUCAUUGUCAUCAUCAAGAUAACUAAUCAAGUCAAUUGAUCCACCAGUGGCGGUCUACUGGUUGUGUGUCAUGUGGUGAUCGUGUGUGAUACUGGACGUUUUGUGGUGAACAUACCCUGAAAGAGAGAAGUAUUUUCGUGUGCGGUGGUUUAAACAAAAUAAAUGUUAAUAUAUUAUAUCAGUGGAGAAAGUAAUAUUAUCCGUUGAUGAUGAUCUGUGCUGUGGGAAAUUAUCUAAAAUUGUGACAUAAACUGUAUAAUCUACCCGAUGAUGUGAUUGUCUGGUAUUUAUAUAAAAUUCUAUACAAGGAAUGAUCAAAUGGUGCGUCAUAAAAUUAGAUUUAAUUGAAAACGUAACCAUGGUAACCAUAUCGAUUGCCACUUAGAAAAACCAGGGAAUAUCCUAAUAAUUAAACUUUAUACUAGUGUAUUACUAUGUUUAUUCUUAACAGUGCUGUACGCGGCAGUGAUUUGCCAGUAUAGUGACAAUAAAUGGCCUCGAAAACAUUCUGUCUGUCCUCUAUAAGAAAUCAUAUGAUCAAUCUUAUUGUACGUCUGCUAUUAUUAUUAACAUGUAUUUACUGCCUAUUCAGUGCUAUCACACGUGAAUGAGAUAGGAUGUCAUAAAAGGGUUGAAUGUCAUGUGAUAAUCCAGCAUUUCUAGACAAUCUGUACCUAUGGCACUCGCGGGCAAACUAAGGUUCGCCUAUAAGGCCAUCCUUGAACAAUUCUAUGUUUGCUGUCCCCCGACCCAUGAUUUUUUUAGUGGGUAGGUAGGUAGGUCUUCUUUUUUUUAGGCAUAAUAG